AUGCUUCUUGCGCAAAAAAAUGCUGGGCCUAACCCCGGAGUAAUAAAGCUUUUCUCAAGAUUAACUGACCUUAAUUAUAAGCCUGGUCAUAAUAAUCAUGUGUAUUUCCAAAACUUGUCUAUCAGUAAAGAUGAUGUCGCUCUUCUAGAUACUUAUAAUCCUAAAGAGAUUUUAAAUAAAUAUAUAGUUCGGGUUGCAGGAAAGGGCUUUACAGUGGUCGAUCAUCCAUCCGAAGUUUAUGGGUUUUCUGAUGCUCACGAGUGCAUUGAUGGGAAUUUGCCUCUCUGUCUGGUUCUGGAUAUUGAUGCGAGGCAAAAGCCCGAUCCCAUGAAUCCUAAAUUUCCUUCCUUAGAUGAGAGUAAAAUUUCUCGUGAAGAUUUAUUAUCCAAAAUCUUAAUUGCCUGUGUCGAUAUUAUAAAUACUGAUUUAAAGCAUUUUGCAAUAUUAGAUGCUUUUACUUUAGCCAGCUCGUCUAAUGCUAAUAAAUGCAGUUGGCAUAUUGUAUAUAAAUAUGCACGGUUUAUUGACUACAGAGAUCUUAAGGGUUUUGUGGAAAAAGUCGCUGAUAAGGUUGGAAAACCAUACUCAAAGUUUAUUGAUAUUGGACUUUAUAAAUAUCGCUUUAGUCUCCGGCUCCUUGGAUCAGCAAAGGAAGAUAGAGUUAAAAGACCUGCGAUUUCUUCAGUUAAGAAAGGAUAUCACAAGCUAGAAGAUUAUUUAGUUCAGCCUAAGUGGAACGCUUCUGAAAUCUGGCCACGGACCUUUUCUUCUGAGAAAGAAGAGAAGAAAUUUCAGCCCAUCGAAGAUGAAACCGCCUUAAGUAACGGAGCCAGCUUAGUUAUAGCAAAAUAUGGAUGGCUUGAGAUCGGAAAAAUUGGGAAUGGAUUUGUCCACUUUCAAGCCCAAUUAUAUGAAGUAUAUCCUAUUUGUGAAAUCAAACACGAGAAGGAUCAGUUAUAUGGCUUUCUUCGAAAAGCUGAAAAUCUUAAGUUUGACCAAGAACGCUCUAUCCCAGAUACUAUGGCACUUAAACGUUUCUAUAUGCGAAAUAUUUAUGGUAAAGAUAUGGAUGAUAAGAUUUGGGAUAAUCUUUGCAAUAAGAAGUUUGUAAAAUAUUUUAGUCCGCCUGAACCUCAGAAACAUUUCUUGCGGUUAUCUCACUUUAGAAAGCAAGGCUAUGAUGAGGAAAGUGCAAUGAAAGGGUUAGAGGCCAAAGAUAUUGCGCAAUGGGAAGAUAGCCAUUAUAAAGCUAGAUAUAAUUCUGAAAAAUCAGUAGCGGAGGACUUGCACAAAUCAUAUUCAGCUAAUCAUUGGAAAGUUAUAAGAGAACUCUUUCAAAUACUAGGCUUUACCGGCAUAGAUGAUAAGCGUAUUCUUUCCAGUAAUAUAAUAUCAGAAACAUUCACACAAUCCUGCGAGAGGUUUAUAAAAGUCCUGGAUCAAUCCCUAUUACUCUUCGGAUUUAAGUCUCGUGCUAAGGUAACAUCGGAUCUUAAUUCAGCUAUAAGGGCAAUUAAUGCAAUUGCUGGAAAUUGGUGUGACUAUACUGUAAAGAUAAAUAGGAAAAAAAUAGGGCCUAAAGAAAAACAGGUUUGGGAACGUUCAUAUCAAAUUAAUCGGCAACCAUAUGAUGGUCUUGGUUUUGGAGAUAAAGUUCGAACCAUCUCUCUUGAUGUAUUGGCAGAUAAAACGACCCAUACGAGAUAUUUAAAAAUGCGAUGUCUCAGCGGGUCAUAUCUCCCAAGAUAUAAUCAGAGAAAUGCUCAUGCAAAUCACCUUCGGCCAGAACAGUUCUUAGAAAGAUAUAACUUAUCCGCAGAGUCCAGCCCAGAGCAAUUAAGCGAACAUGCCCCUGAACUUAAUGCUUUACUUCCAGAUUGGAAGGCCCGUAAGUGCGUUAAGGAAGCCCUUGCGAGAGGCACUGAAAAGAGAAGUGCAUUUAGCAAAGAGCAGAAAGAGGCUCUCGUGCCAGAUCAGAGAAAUAUGAUAUAUUCAGUCAGGAAAAAGGCUCAAGAAGUCACUAAAAGUGAAGAUAAGUGGGAUAUUUUUAUUAAUACUUUAGAUUUGGGACCAAAAGGAAGUAAGGAUGGAGUAAUUGAUGAUAAGGAAAUGAAGACCACUACAGCUUCCAAUAAAAUCCAGCAAGAGCGGACUGAGAAGCGCUUGGCUAAUCCAGGUAGAACUCCAGAACAUUUCACCUUUGAGAAAGUGCAUAGGAGACUCCAGAAUAUCGAUACUUCUAAAAUUCCCUCUAUGCAGGAUCUCGCGGAUGUGAUAGUGAUGCUGAGCAUGAGGCCUGCUGAAGUAUCAUCUCUCCAGAUUAUUAAUUACAAACCAGAUUCUGAAGAUCCGCCAGCGUGGUAUAAAGCUGGUUAUUCUUGGUAUUGCACUGGAUGUCGCAAACAGAGAGAUAAACCGAUGCCUAUGCGCUUACUCUCUAUGGAAAAGGAUCUAGAACGUGCUAGGGAAUUACUUACCUGGAUUCAAGACGCUAUUAAGGCUGGGAAGUUGCGUGAUCCAGUUUAUACUGAAACUGAAAAGCGUAAUAAUGUGCCAUUUGCCAAAUUCAUAAAGAGUUUAAAAACUAAUCAGGACGAAGAUGAGAUUACCCCCGAGCUUCUAAGAAAAAUAGGAGCUAAACACGCCUCGAUGAUUCAUGCCGGUCCAAAUCCAACCCCUCAACAUCUCGACAAUCUUUCAGAAAUCGCAUUAAGACAUAAAAUUAACCGUCUUGAUGCAGGAAAAAAUUACGCUUUGGGUGAUCCAAAAUCAAAGAAGGAGCCCAAAUCUGAACCAGAGACAGGUGAUGGUCCAAAACCCCAAACACAGGCUUCUUCACCUGCAUCUCAGUCUAGAAAUAACGAUCCAAAAAAGUCUCAAACAAUGGAUAUGGAUUCAAUGUUAGCAGAAAUUGAUGCAAUGUUAGCUGAAAUUUGGAAAUAG